AUGGACUUGGACCACAGGCAGGUAGUUCAAGAAGUUUCAGACUAUAUAGAAGCAAAUGCUCCUGUGAUUUCUCUCCAUCCUCCGUGGACCACUGCCUUCAAAAGAGAGUUGGUGACUCUGACUUGCAAUGGAUUUCGCUCACCACGGGAAACAACAUGGUAUUUUGAGGGUCAUAUAUUAGGCAACACCUCACGAAAUAGCCGUAAGGUCAAUGAAUCUGGAGAGUACAGAUGCCAGACCCAGGACUCACCCCCAAGUAAACCUGUGCAUUUGGUCUUUUCUACAGCUAGCCUGAUCCUGCAGGCACCGCUGGCUGUGUUCGAAGGCGACUCCGUGGUUCUGAGAUGCCGAGGAAAGGCGGAAUUCACCCUAAGAUCUGUGCAACUGUACAAGAAUGAUAAACUUCUGGCAGACCUUGGCAGUACCUCUGACUUCCACAUUGAGCAAGCAAGUCUGAAGGAUAAUGGUGUGUACAAAUGCACUGCAAUUAAGGAAGAUUGUUGGUCAGUUUCUUCAAAUGCAGCCAGAAUCCAAGUCCAAGAGUUGUUUCCAAAACCUAAGCUGACAGCCAGCAACUCCCGACCCACUGCGGGGAGUCCAGUGAAGCUGACCUGCAACACCCAGCUUGCUCCACAGAGGUCAUAUGUUCAGCUCCAGUUCCGUUUCCUCAGUGAAAGCCUAGCCCUGACGACAUGGAACAGCUCCCCAGAAGUACAAAUCACCUUGUUGAAAGAAGAUUCGGCGUUUUACUUCUGCCAGGCACAGAGAGUGACUUCCCAUUUCUUGAAAGAUAGUCCAAAAUUGUACAUAUAUGUGAGGGUUCCUGUGUCCCAUCCUGUCCUGACCAUCAGCACUCCUAGGACACCGGCUCUGGAGGGAGACAUGGUGACUCUUCACUGUGAAGCCCAGAGAGGUUCUCCUCCAAUUCAGUAUCAUUUUUUUCACAAUGGAGUAUUUCUCCAGAGGUCGCAGGCUCCAUGGGGAACAGCGCACUUGAGGUUCCCUCUGACAGCCAAACACUCUGGGAGCUACUACUGCACAGCCAACAACGGCGGGACCACCCAGAGCAGCAGGGCCAUGAGCCUCUCUGUCACAGUCCCUGUGUCCCCUCCUGUCCUGACCCUCAGCACUCCUAGGACCCCAGCUCUGGAGGGAGACCUGGUAACUCUUCACUGUGAGGCCCAGAGAGGUUCUCCUCCCAUCUUCUACCAGUUUAAUCAUGAAGAUGUCAUCUUGAAGAGCAGCUCAACCUUGUUUGGAGGAGGAGUAUCCUUCAACUUCUCCCUGAGCACAGAACAUUCUGGAAACUACCACUGCACAGGAGACAAUGGCUUUGGCCCCCAGCACAGUGAGGUCGUGAGCCUUUCCAUCUUUGUUCCAGUGUCCCACCCUGUCCUCACUGUUAGGACUCCCGGUGCCCAGGCUGUGGUGGGGGAUGUGGUGGAGCUUCACUGCGAGGCCCAGAGAGGCUCUCCCCCCAUCCUGUACCAGUUUUAUCAAGAAGACAAGACCCUGGGGAGCAUCUCAGCCCCCUCUGGCAGAGGAGUUUCCUUCAACCUCUCUCUCACUACAGAACAUUCUGGAAACUAUGCCUGUGUGGCCAGCAAUGGCCAAGGGGCUCAGCGCAGUGAGACUGUGUUGCUCAGUGUCACAGUUCCAGUAUCCCAACCUGUCCUCACGCUCAGGGUUCCUAGAACCCAGGUUGUGGUGGGGGACAUGGUGGAGCUUCACUGUGAGGUCCAGGAGGGCUCUCCCCCCAUCCUGUACUGGUUUUAUCAUGGAGAAGUUGCUCUGGGCAGCAGCUCAGCCCCCUCUGGAGGAGGAACAUCCUUCACCUUCUCUCUGACCACAGAACACUCGGGAAACUACUCCUGCCAGGCCAGUAAUGGCUUCAGGGCCCAGCAGAGUGAAGCAGUGACACUCAGCAUCACAGUUCCAGUGUCCCGCCCUGUGCUCACCCUCAGUGCUCCCACCCAGGCUGCAGUGGGGGACGUGGUGGAGCUUCACUGUGAGGCCCAGAGGGGGUCUCCCCCCAUCCUGUACCGGUUUUAUCAUGAGAAUGUCACCCUGGGAAACAGCUCAGCCCCCUCUGGAGGAGGAGUGUCCUUCAACCUCUCCCUGACCACAGAACAUUCUGGAAACUACUUCUGUGAGGCUGACAAUGGUCUGGGGGCCCAGCGCAGUGAUAUGGUGGCACUUUUAAUGACAGGACUGACAGGAAGCAGAAGCGGUGCCGUUGUCACAGGUGUCACCGGGGGGCUGCUCAGCAUGAUGGGCCUUGCUGUUGUCGCACUGCUCUUGUAUCACUGGAUCCCAAGGAAGGCAGGAAGAAGGCCUGCCUCUGACCCUGCCAGGAGCUCUGCAGACUCAGCCCCUCAAGACUCCACCUACUACAAUGUCCCAGGCUGGAUAGAAAUGCAGCCAGUGUACAGCAAUGUAAAUCCUAAAAGAGGAGAAGUGAUAUACUCAGAAGUCCGGACAAAAGAGAAAAACAAACCUGCCGCGACCUCAGCACCCGGGCUUCUCAAGAACACGGGUUCCUCCGUCAUCUACACCCAGGUGAAGGUGGCUUCAACCCCAGCCUCUUGGCCCCAGCUCUUGGCUUCCUCUGCUCCUCACAGAUGA